UCCGCCAUCUUGGUUGCUGUGUGGGAACGGUUCGGGCGGUCGGCGCGGCGGGAGCGGCGGCGGCAGCAGCGGCCUCGCCGAGUCCCGUAGCCGGACACAGGCCGGAGCCGCGGCCCCGGACGCUGCGGCCAGGUAAAAGUUCUGGGAAGUGUAAGUAAAACCUUGGCAUUAUUGAAGACUUUCUCUUGUGAUGCCCACAAAUUAUAUUGUUGGAUAUUGGGUAGACUGGUUUUUUACGUGUGUGCAAGAGGUACCAGACUCGAUGAGUUUCCAUCGAAAUGUCGGAAAAGGCAGGUCAGAACACAAAAGCAAAGGAUGGGAAAACAAAGUAUGCAACGCUCAGUCUGUUUAAUACUUACAAGGGAAAGUCACUGGAAACACAGAAAACCACAGUUGCCACACGCCAUGGAUUACAGAGUCUGGGAAAAGUUGCCAUUUCUCGAAGGAUGCCUCCCCCAGCUAAUCUUCCUAGUCUUAAAGCAGAGAACAAAGGCAAUGAUCCGAAUGUAAACAUUGUGCCUAAGGAUGGCACAGGAUGGGCUUCUUCUAAACAAGAACAGCAUGAGGAAGAAAAACCGCCAGAAGUGCCACCAACACAGCCAAAACCUGCACCACCUCCUCCUCCUCCUCCUCCUCCACCAGAAGCACCUCCUGUUGCCAAAUCGUGGGCCAGUACCAAGCCAGGUGGGCAAGGCGAUGGUCCAGCUCUUCCAGUAAACCGUUAUUUCCAGCAAGAGUUUCCCAGUCUGCAGGCAGCUGGGGAUCCAGAGAAAUCAGGCAAAGAGAAAGAUGCAGCUGAAGAGCCCCAGGGACCUGGACCUAAUUCACGACCACAAAAUCAGGAAGUUAAAACUCCAGGCCAAGAAGAUGGUAGUGCAGCAGGAGCAGCAGAACAAACUGAUGCCCAAAAGGCAGCAGAGAAGAGGGAUGUACGGAUGCCGCAGGUACCUCAGCCCAAGCUGAAUGGUCAACAGCAACCUGGUAUCUCUUCUCAGUACCGAGCAAUGAUGCCACCUUAUAUGUUUAAUCAGCAUCCCAGAAUGGCAUAUCCUCCAAUGCAGGGUCCCAGCAGGUUUCCUGCUUCAUCUGAGCCUAGCAGAGGUCCAAGGGGAAGAGGACCCCCAUCUCGGUGCGCAGAACCAGUAGAGCGUCCGUCCAUCCUUAGUGCUAGCGAGCUCAAGGAGCUUGAUAAAUUUGAUAAUCUAGAUGCUGAGGCUGACGAAGGCUGGGCUGGUGCUCAGAGUGAGGUAGAUUAUACAGAGCAGUUGAACUUCAGUGAUGAUGAGGAGCAAGGAAGCAGUCAGAAAGAGAAGGAAAGUGGUGAUGAACAAAUGCCUUCCAAAGAUUCUCAAAGUAUUGACAGCCACAAAGAAGCAGAAGAACAGUCCAGUAGUAAAUCCUCAACCCAGGCUACUUCACCAGGAGUAAAAGGACCAUGUGGCAAGAGCACUCAGCCUGACCAGGAGCGGGGUCCAGCACCACUACAGCCUUCUGUACAUGAGAGAGGCAGUUCUACGCUUCCCCCCAAAUCUAUUUUACAACAGCACCCACCUCCGGAUCGCCAGGCAGGACCUGGAAGACAGGGACCCUUUCCCCCUAAGCCAGUACCAGAUGAAGACGAAAUUUGGAAGCAGAGGCGAAGGCAGCAGACAGAAGUAUCAGCAGCUGUGGAACGAGCCCGAAAGCGGCGAGAAGAGGAAGAGCGAAGAAUGGAAGAACAAAGAAAAGCAGCUUGUGCAGAGAAGCUGAAACGGUUAAAUGAGAAGUUCGGCUGCGUGACAAAACCCUCCCGGGAAGACCCUCUGAAGGCGAGAGAGAAGGAAAGGGAGCGAGAAAGGGAAAAGGAGAGAGAGCGAGAGAGGGAACGGGAGAGGGAGAGAGAAAGAGAAAAGGAAAAGGAGAGGGAGAGAGAAAGGGAAAAAGAAAAGGAGAGGGAGAGAGAAAGGGAAAAAGAAAAAGAAGAGAGGGAGAGGGAAGAAAAAGAAAAACAAGAGAAAGAGCAAGACGGGGAGAAAGAGAAGGAAAAGGAGAGGGAAGAAGAGGAGGAGGCAAAGGUGGAGGAGGAGAAGGCAGAUGAGAAGCUGGAGCCUGAAAAGCCUGAGCCUCAAGAACCAGUGAUAACACCUGUAAUAGAAAAACAAGAAAAUGAAAACAGAAAUAAUAAUGAAGAGAAGGAGAGUCCACCAGUCUUCACCAGACAAGACAGUGGUCGGAAUGAGAAAGAAAGUUUACAGGUGGCUCACGACAGUGAUCUGGAUACAGGAGCCCAGCCUCGUCCUGCUGUUUCCUCAGGCUAUUCUAAACAGUUUCAGAAAUCAUUGCCACCAAGAUUUCAAAGGCAGCAGGAGCAGAUGAAACAGCAACAGUGGCAACAACAGCAGCAACAGCAGCAAGGUGUACUGCCACAAUCGGCUCCAUCGCAGCCUUCCAGUGGCCCUGUCCCUCCUCCCCAACACAGACCACUUUACCAGGCCAUGCAGCCCCAUCCUCAGCAUUUAGCUUCUAUGGGCUUUGAUCCACGGUGGCUCAUGAUGCAGUCUUACAUGGACCCGCGAAUGAUGUCGGGAAGGCCUGCAAUGGAUGUGCCUCCUAUGCAUCCAGGAAUUAUGCCUCCCAAGCCAUUAAUGAGAAGAGACCAGAUGGAAGGGUCAGGAACUAGUUCAGAUUCAUUUGAACAUAUAGUUCGAUCAGCAAGAGAGCAUGCUGUAUCACUGUCAGAGCCCCGCAUGAUGUGGGGUUCAGACCCAUAUCCCCAUGCAGAACCUCAACAACCUAGUACUCCUCCCAAAGUGCUAGAAGAGCCUGAGGAUUUGAGGCCUGAAGCAUGCUUGGAACAAGAACGAAUUGCUGUUACUACUGCUUACCCUGUUGAACACAACCAGUUGGACUCUCAUCCAAAGGCAGACUUUUUUAGAGAACCAGGUGAGGUGGAUGUACAAAAAUUCCCAAGCAGGUCUUUGGAAGACAUACAGCCUCUCCAAACUGACGCACCUAGCUCAGCACUUAGCUUUGAAGUAGUUGAUGAAAAUAUUGCACACAGCUCUCAGGAAGAGCUGGUGCCUAUAGGAGAGAGUCAUUCAGCUCUGAAGAAAAGCAUUUACCAUGGUUCAAGUCAUUCUUUAAAACCAGAAGAACAGAGGAAUGAGACAUCAUCAGGUAUUCCGAAAGUGAACAGCAGACCUGUUGAGACAAAAGAGCCAGUGGAAAGACCAGAAAUUAAGCCAAAAAAAGAAGGUUUUAUGAGUAACAGAAUAUCAGAAGGUCCAAAAACUGAAAAACCUUUUAAGCCUAAAUCAGAAACCAGAUGGGGUCCUAGGCCCAGCUAUGGCAGAAGGGAGGAAGGUAGUGAUAGACCAAUAAGAAGAUCUGGCCCUAUUAAAAAGCCUGUGCUUCGAGAUAUGAAAGAAGAGCGUGAACAGAGGGAAGAGCGUGAGCAGAGGAAGGAAAAGGAAGGAGAAAAGGUGGCUAACGAGAAAUUUGGCAAGUCUGAUAAGACGGAAAAGAAGGAACAACCACAGUUGCCACCUCCCCAGGCAGAGCCAGAAAAAUCCACCUCAGGGAGUGCUCCUGUGGCUAAAAAGGUACCACAGGAUACAGUUCAGGUGUCAGAAACUGAAGAUGGCAAUCUGGCAGAGUCCACAGUUAAGCCUGCAGUACAGCCUCUGCCUGUAGUCCAGCAAUCUCUGCCUGUAGUUCAGUCACCUCCUGUUCAGCAGCCUCCACCUGUAGUGCAGCAACCAGCUGUUCAGCAGCCUAUAACUCAGCAACCUCCACCUGCAGUGCAGCAGCCUUCUGUUCAGCAACCUGUUUCCACAGUUAAGGAAGACAAGCAGUCUGAGAAACCUGUUAGUAAAGAGGUUGUAGAGAAACCUCGCUUAGAAACCAGACCAGUAAAGCGAGAACCUGGUUUGCCACCUAGAACAUACUGGAAAGAAGCUAGAGAUAGAGACUGGUUCCCAGAACAGGGAUACAGAGGGAGAGGCCGGGGAGAGUAUUAUUCUAGAGGUCGCAGCUACAGAGGUUCUUACGGAGGACGUGGCCGGGGCAGCCGAGGCCAUAAUAGAGACUAUCCACAUUAUAGAGACACUAAACCUAGAGUAGACCAUGUGCCUCCAGGACCUGUUAGGCAGAGAGAAGAGAGCGAAACUCGUAGUGAGAGCUCUGAUUUUGAAAUAAUCCCCAAACGGCGAAGACAACGAGGCUCAGAAACAGACUCUGACAGCGAAGUUCAUGAAAGUGCUAGUGAUACUCUGCUUUCAGAUAAAGACAGCCUAAGCAAAGGCAAACAACCAAAGAGAGAAGAGAGAGUUGAAGGCAAGAAGCCUCCAAAGCCUCUGUCUUUCAAACCUGAAAACCAUGUUAGAAUAGACAACAGAUCUCUAGAGAAAACUUACAUACGGGAGGAUGAGAACAAACCAAAACCAGGAUUCCUUCCUAAAGGGGAGCCAUCAAGGCGUGGCAGAGGAGGAAUGUUCAGACGUGGUGGUAGGGAUCCAACUGGCCGCCCACCCCGUCCAUCCACACUAAGGAGACCAGGCUAUCGAGACAAUCAAUGGAAUCCAAGGCAAACAGAAAUUCCUAAACCUGAAGAUGGAGAGCCACCAAGAAGAAAUGAACACUAUGGUCCCAUACCAGUGGAUAAAAGAACCCCCAAGUUUGAGAGAAAGUUUGAUCCAACUAGAGAGCAAAGGCCUGCACGACGGCAAAGGCCUGCACGACCUCCAAGACAAGAUAAACCACCCCGCUUCAGACGGCUAAAAGAAAGGGAGGCUGCAUCAAAAAUAAAUGAAGUAGCAACUAAUUUGUCAACAAGUGCUACAGUUACUAAUGCAGUUAAUGAAGUAUCCAGCACUGCACUGGAUAUUUCAGGGAGUAAAACACCAGACUUGUCCAAUCAAAAUUCUUCAGACCAAGCAAAUGAAGAAUGGGAAACUGCCUCUGAAAGUAGUGAUUUCAAUGAGAGACGAGAGAGGGAUGAAAAAAAAAUGGCAGAUGUGACUACACAGGUAGCUGUCAAAUCAGGAGAGGGCACUGUACUUCCCAAAAGGGAAAUAGCCAAGAGGAGUUUCUCUAGUCAGCGGCCUGGGAUAGAUCGCCAGAACCGACGUGGCAACAAUGGGCCAGCAAAGUCUGGAAGAAACUUCUCAGGGCCCAGGAGCGAAAGGCGGAGUGGUCCCCCUUCAAGAAGUGGAAAAAGAGGGCCAUUUGAAGAACAGACAGCAAGCAUGACUACUGUUGAGCCCACCAGCAGCAAUUCUUUACAUCAGGAAGAAGGCAGUGGUGGUGCAGUGGUGCAGAAGAACUCCAAAGAUGUCUGUGGCAAAAAGAGAGAUGACUCCAAGCCAGGUCCAAAGAAACCCAAGGAGAAAGUGGAUGCUCUAUCUCAAUUUGACCUCAACAACUAUGCAAGUGUUGUGAUCAUUGAUGACCACCCUGAGGUAACAGUAGUUGAAGACUCCCAGUGUAACUUGAAUGAUGAUGGUUUUACUGAAGUGGUCUCAAAGAAACAGCAAAAACGUCUGCAAGAUGAAGAGCGCAGAAAGAAGGAGGAACAGACGGUGCAGGUCUGGACCAAAAAGAGUUCAAGUGAAAAAGGAAGAGGUCAAAAUUCCAAGCUUCCACCCAGAUUUGCCAAAAAGCAGCAGCAACAGCAGGCAGCAGCGGCAGCUGCAGCAGCUGCAGCUCAACAAGCACAAGCUCAGACACAAGUGCAGACACAGCUUCAAUGUGUGUCUCAGACUACAAGCCAGCCACAGACUCCAGUUCAACCUCAAACUCAAACAGCAGGUGGAACUAACAAUACAGAAUAUGCAGUAACAGGCAAAGCUGUGCAAAAUGCACAGUCUCACAAUGCUCUUGGAACAGAAUUAUGGGAAAACAAGGUAGCGCCAACGACUGUUAUUACUGACAUCUCCAAGAAGUUGGGACCUAUUAGUCCACCACAGCCACCUUCAGUGAGUGCUUGGAAUAAACCUUUGACAUCGUUUGGAUCGACUACAUCUCCAGAGGGAGCAAAACCUGGACAGGAAAGUGGAGUCGAGCUUGGAAUAGAAACUAUUCAGUUUGGAGCACCAGCAUCCAGUGGCAGUGACAAUGAAGUUGGCCCUGUACUUUCAGAGAAGCCCACUGACAAACUACCUGAACCAAAAGAGCAAAGACAGAAACAGCCUCGGGCAGGCCCCAUCAAAGUACAAAAGCUUCCAGACUUGAGUCCAGUAGAAAACAAAGAGUAUAAACCUGGUCCAAUUGGAAAGGAGCGUUCAUUAAAGAACAAAAAGGUGAAAGAUGCCCAGCAUGGAGAGUCUGAUGGACAGGAGAAGCCCAGUCCCACUGCUGUCAGAAGUCCAGAACCUGUUACUACAAAAGAAACCAAAGCAGUGAAUGAACUGAGCACUGAAAUAGGAACAAUGAUAUCAGUCUCCACUCCAGAGUUUGGAACUAAUACAAAGGAGUCUGUGACAGACUAUACUACACCUUCCUCUCAUCCUAAUACUGUGGCCACUAGCAGUACAAAAAUGGAGGAGACUUUGGUGACUAAUGUGCCCCUGCCCCACACCCUUCCCCUCCCUAGGAGGGAGACUCUACAACAGAGCUCCAGCCUAACUCCAGUUUCUCCCGCUACCGUGGACCUCACCCUCAAGAUGGAGUCUGCACGCAAAGCGUGGGAGAAUUCUCCAAAUGUGGGGGAGAAGAGUUCACCAGUAACCUCAGCAGCAUCUCCCAUCACUGGUAGCAACAGUGGCAGUAGUAGCAGUAGCAGUGGACCAAGCAGUGGUAGUUACAGCUCUUUCUCAAGUGCAUCAAUGCCUCCUAUUCCUGUGGCAUCAGUUACACCUACAACUUCACUCUCAGGAGCUGGAACAUACACAACCUCUUCACUGAGUACAAAGACUACAACCACCUCAGACCCACCUAAUAUAUGUAAAGUGAAACCACAGCAGUUGCAGACAAGCAGCCUUCCUUCAGCCAGUCACUUUUCCCAGCUAAGCUGCAUGCCAUCCCUUAUAGCCCAGCAGCAACAGAGUCCACAGGUCUAUGUGUCUCAGUCUGCAGCAGGUCCUGCAGCUCAGAUCCCAGCUUUCUACAUGGACACAAGCCACCUAUUCAAUACCCAGCAUGCACGUCUGGCUCCACCUUCCCUGGCUCAACAGCAAGGCUUUCAACCAGGACUUUCGCAGCCUGCUUCCGUUCAGCAGAUACCAAUCCCCAUCUAUGCACCUCUGCAAGGACAGCAUCAAGCCCAGUUGAGUUUAGGAGCAGCCCCUGCUGUUUCUCAGGCUCAAGAAUUAUUCAACUCCUCUUUACAGCCCUAUAGGUCACAGCAGGCUUUUAUGCAGAGUGGUCUUUCUCAGCCAUCACCAGUAGUUCUGUCUGGCACAGCUUUGCACAACUUCCAAACAGUGCAGCACCAGGAACUUGCCAAGGCACAGUCGAGCCUUGCAUUCCAGCAGACUUCCAACACUCAACCUAUUCCCAUCUUGUAUGAACACCAGCUUGGUCAAGCUUCAGGACUAGGAGGCUCUCAGCUUAUUGAUACACACAUCCUCCAGGCCCGAGCUACUCUCACCCAGGCUUCAAAUCUAUAUUCUGGACAAGUUCAACAGCCUGGUCAGAGCAAUUUCUAUAAUACCGCUCAGUCUCCUAAUGCUCUCCAGCAGGUAAACUAUGGCAUGGUAACUGUACCUUUACCAGGAUCACAGCUUUCUUUGCCGAACUUUGGAUCCACAGGGCAGCCUCUAAUUGCUUUACCACAGUCACUACAGCCUCCACUGCAGCACACACCACCCCAGGCUCCGGCUCAAAAUCUUAGUAGGCCUGCACAAGUAAGCCAGCCUUUCAGAGGAUUAAUCCCUGCAGGAACUCAGCACAGCAUGAUUGCUGCUACUGGAAAGAUGUCAGAAAUGGAUCUGAAGGCCUUUGGAAGCAGCAUUGAUGUUAAACCAGGAACUCCUCCAGUUACUGGUAGAAGUACCACUCCAACCUCCAGUCCAUUCCGGGCCAGUUCUACAAGUCCUAACAACCAGUCCAAUAAAAUGAACAGCAUUGUCUACCAGAAGCAGUUUCAGUCGGCAGCUGCUGCAGUGAGAAUGACACAGCCAUUUCCUCCACAAUUCGCACCCCAGAGUUUUCAGUUGUUGGAGCAACUCUUUUUCUGGAAUCCAAACAUGGCCUCUCACAAAGAGAAAUCCAGCUACACUCUUGACAUUUUCUCUCAGCCUAACCUGAUCCCUCCAUUGGUAAGAGCCCCACAUACUAACACCUUCCCAGCACCUGUUCAGAGGCCACCAAUGGCACUGGCUAGUCAGAUGCCGCCUCAGAUGACCACAGGCCUUAUUAGCCACCCUCGUUUACAGCAUGUAGCCAGAGGUCCUUGUGGAUCGCUCUCUGGAGUCAGAGGCAUUCAGGCCCAGGCUGGGGUGAAGGCUGAACAAAACGUGAAGGCAAAGCAAAGAGCAGAGGUUCUCCAGUCCACACAGCGAUUCUUCUCCGAGCAGCAACAACCGAGCAAACCAAUAGGGGGCAAAGUGCAGAAAGUGGAUGAAAAUGGAAGCAAACCUACAGAAGCAAUGGCGGACUCCUCUGGGGUCUGUCAGGAGAAAGUGGAAGAGAAACCCACCCCUGCACCUACUGCAACAACCAAACCUGUUAGAACUGGACCAAUCAAACCUCAGGCAAUUAAGACAGAAGAAACAAAAUCUUAAAAUCUGCGUGUUUGUGGGGAACGGGGGUUAAGACCAGCAGCAUGACCCUGUAGCUCAGAGGACAAGAAAGGUAGAAGCUAUUGGCACUGACAGACAUAAGUGGCUGCAUGUCCAAUAAAGCUUUUAGGCUCCUUGGGCUUGCAGCUUCUCUUAACAGCAUGAAGUCUGGUUUUGGUAAGGUGUGCAUGUGUGUAUACACAUGCACAUAUGUGUAUAUUGGCAUGUGCAUCUGUAUGUUAUCCAAAAUGCAUAAGCACAGCAGCAAAGUAAGUGGCCAAAGAGCCAUGUUCCUAGCUGGCAAGAUGAAUUACUCUGUUCAGGCUCUGUUGUUCUUUGGAUAUUUACUUUUAAGCCGUGUGUAUUGGAACAUGCAGUUCAGAAGUGCUGGACAGAGUAAUGUGUUAAUUUUUUUUAUAUUUUUAGUGACUGAAGAGGCUGCUCUUGUAUAAUAAAAAAACAGGAAGUAAUAAAAUUAGCAAGUUGGAAUAGCUUACCCUUUAUCAUUGGCAUCCAACAAAUACCAUCAAUUGUAAUGUUGAAGUUUUAUCAAAUUUCCCUUCAAGGGCAGUUUUUGGUGGCUACUGCUUCAGUUUUGUGUGAUGCUGUAUUUAGAUCACAGCAUAUAAGUGUUCCUUGGCACACAGGUUAUUUAUUCUCUGUGCCCACACACACACGCACACACCCCCUAGUUGUUCACCCCUUGGAUUUACAGGCUAAUUGCAUUAAUAGUUAGAUGAGCUCUGUUCACCUCUGUUCAGCUAUCUUUAUCUGAAGCCCGUGAUCUUUAAACAGUUUCCAGCUUAUGUCUGUAUAGAGUAAUGAGCACUUAGAACUGUGCCACUAGAUUAAAGAGAAACCUUAUGAAAUUAAAGAGAACUUUAUCUAAAAAGGUGCAUUCUUAUAGCAGAGCUUUAUCGCACCUCCUUCUUGCCCACUGUGUGCUGGAAAGUAGAAUCAAGUCAAAUAAUGCCUUUUUAAUUGUAUCUCUAGUAUUAUAGCUGUAGGACAGUACUGUAUGAUACUUCUGUGAAUGUAAGAUAUCCUGUACCUGCUUAUGAUAUGUAGUAGUGACCGUGCUAUACCAGAGCUGUUUUUAAUAAUGUUAUUCUAGAGGGGGUUUUUCCCCAGACAAUGAUUGAGAAGUUUAAAGCACCAGGUACCCCAUCAGUAGCAGAAUUUGCUGUUUUUGUUUUGUUUAGUUUGUUUUUUCUGGGAUUUUUUUUAUUACCUUUUUUGGAAGGAAGAGUGAACUGAAAGUCUAAUGUGUAUAAUUUUGUUCAGAUGACUGCAGAAGGCUGGAAAGGCUGUUGCUGCUAUUGAUGCCUAGUGAAUCGCUCUUGGUUAUCUUUUUAUAUAAAUAUAUAUAUAAUUUGAAUUUUUGGAAACUUUAGCUGUGAUGUCAACUUUGGAAAAAAGUAUCCCACUUGUACUGUGAGUUGGCAUUGUACAGAAAUUAACAGCCAUAUUGGUCUAGAAAUGUUAAACUUAAUUUUUUUUUUCCAUUUGUACAGGGGUAACGCACUGUAUUAAAUAUGUAAGGUCUUAUUUACAUGGGUUUGAUUACAAAAACUAAUAAAGUAUUCUCUAAAUAAA